AUGAGAAACUCAAUUUCUCAGACAACGUGUUGCAUAUUUUUCUUCCUUGUUCUCUUGUUCCUUCACCUCCAUAAUGUUGAAGGAAUAAUUCGCCCUGCAGGAGCCCGAGAAGGAUCUUCAGCAACUGGCCAACAUGACAUCCAUGACCAAGGAGAAGAGUUUGGGGUAGACUAUACUCCUCCAAGUGCACAUCCUCCAGUCCUACCUCCUCCAAUAUUAAUGCGAAGAUCAGAUGAUGAGUUUGGGGUAGACAACUAUACUCCCCCAAGGACACAUCCUCCAGUCCAGCCCCCUCCAAUAUUAAUGCAUAACUCAGAAGAUGAAGAUGAUGAGUUCAGUGUGGAUUAUGCUCCUCCAAGGACACAUCCUCCACUCCAACCCCCUCCGAUGCAUAACUCAGGUGGCGAAGAUGAUGAGUUCAUUGUGGAAUAUGCUCCUCCAAGGACACAUCCUCCACUCCAACCCCCUCCGAUGCAUAACUCAGGUGGCGAAGAUGAUGAGUUCAUUGUGGAAUAUGCUCCUCCAAGGACACAUCCUCCACUCCAACCCCCUCCGAUGCAUAACUCAGGUGGCGAAGAUGAGAUUGGGGUAGAUUAUUCUUCUCCAAGGACACUUUCUCCCAAGGAACCCCCAAUACAUUAA